GAUCUGACAGCCGGUCAGCGGGGCGGAGCAGGAAGGAAAGGCCGACCCAUUCACACAGAACCACACAGAACCACAGCGAGCUGCUUCACUUCAGGUUUCAUCUUUAACUGACAAUUAAAAGUGAAAACAUAAUAAUAAAGAAAGCAAUAAUUCAAGCAACAUUCAGUUUUACACAGUUGGUUUGAAAGACGAUGUUUGUUUUUUUUUCAAACUUUGUUUAUUUGGUUUUUAACAGGAAUUGCAUAGCCAUACAUUUACAAUGUGAUACAUAAAAAACAAACCAUACAAGUUAUAAAAAACAAAACAAAAAGACACAAAACGACCUCCAAUCACUCCAGGCAAUAAGAAACAGGACACACGCAAGAAAAAAAAAUGUUUUGAAAUAAAUAAAAAUUAAGAUACUUUAUGCCACACCUAAAGAAAGUCCAGUUUGUCCCCAGGAAAGUAAAUAUGGAACCAUAAGAAAAGGAAAAUCAGAGAGAAAGGAGACAGGAUGAGCAGACAAAUACAGACACGAAGGACUAAACUGGGACAGAAUGGAAAUGAACUUGACCAACCAAUGGCUGCCAGAGUUCUGCUAAUUUGUCAGAGGAACCCCGCAGUGACAUCCUAAUUUUUUCAAGUUUAAGAAAAUAAACAAUAUCCCUCAACCAGAGUAUGAAAGAAGGAGGUGAUUUCCAUUUAAGAAGAAUUAUCCUCCUUGCAAUAAUGGUCAUAAAGGACAAAGAAUUUUCUUGGGAAGAGGAAAAGGAGACGGCCCCGAAAACACCCCAAACAAAACACUCUGGGGGUUCUGAUCAAUUUUUCUGCCAACCACGUCUGAUAUAACAACAAAUAUCUCUGUCCAAAAACUCUUCAGCUGGAGGCACAACCAAAACAUGUGUAUAAGGUUUGCAUGAAAGACGAUGUUUUAGUUAAACUCAUUUUAAUAAAACAGGAAACAAUAAUGUGAUCGAAUAAAGAAUCGUUGUUUCAUAUGAAGGUUUCUUUAGCCACAGAAUAAUUCAGCAGGAUUAUAAAUGUUUCCAUCACAGAGAGUCAGGAUGAAAUACUGAAAACAAGAAAUACAUGAAAAUUAAUUCUACUGAAGAUCAAAUCUGAGCUAUAAACCAGAUUCAUAAUUAGUUUUAUCCACCUGGGAAGUAAAAACUCUAAAAUCUGUUAACCUUUUUAUUGCUGAAGGUGAACUGUUGCGCUAAUGAGGAUUAGCAGGCUAGAGGUCAAAGGUCAGGACACUGAAAGCCUCUAGAAACAAGAUGGCGGCAGGACUGAGGUUAGCAAAGCUGCGUCUGGACAAAGUCCUCUGGACACCAACGUGUCCAACAUGGGAGACGCUGGAGUCCCUCUGGGGUUUGGGCCAAACUGGGUCACCAACAGAACCACCAACCCACAACAGGGGAAACAAUGGCCUAGUUAAAGUCCAGACCUCAGCCUUCAGGGAGCUGAGCAGAAACGUCAAUGAGCCGCAGUGGAAAGUGGAGUAGGAUUCCUCCAGAGUGGAGAGAGACGCUGCGACGCUCCGAUCUGAAUCCCGGCAGCAGCAGCAGGACGUCUCCGAUUUCCUUCAGGCUCAGAGGGAACAAAGAUCCAAAAGAACCGCCUGAGAACGCUGCAGCGUUCCCUACGACGUUGUUCCCUACCAGAGUUCCCUACAGCAGUGAUCCCCAACCAUUUUAUCACCGCCGGUCAAGGCUUGGCAGUUUUACUGUGGCCUGGGGGGACAGGUGGGCAGGAGGUCACAUGACACAAUUUAAAAUUUUUGCCCCAAUUUUCCCCUAAUGACAAUCUUAGAACGUUCCAAGUUCUAAGAUUGUCGCUUGUGAUAAUCGUGUGAUUAUCCUGCCUGUGUUACGUAGAACAUCGGACCGCUCCCAUCUAAAAUCAGACAUUCAAAUGUUUGAUUAUCCAGCCUGUUGGGUUUUUACUGACUGGGAGCAAAACGCAGCCUGUUGAAUGUGACAGGUAGCCAAUCAGAAAGCGCGGUGACGUCAGAACGGAGGGGAAUCCCAAACAGUUGACAUGACAACUGAGAGUCCGGUGAACAUCAGAGGUGAUAUGUGGAAAUGUUUAUUACUAUAUGUAAAGGUCAUUUUUAUAUAUGUUUACUAUAUAACAUAUAUAAAAAUCUCCCUACAAUGUUCCCUCCAGCGUUGUUCCCCCAGCGUUGUUCCCCCGCCGUUCCCUACCCGCUGCCUCAUGUGGUUCCACUCAGACCUUGUCGCUCCUCCUCUUCCUCCCACUGCAGAGACCUUCCUCAGUACGGACACAAGCAGUGGCAGUCGUACUUUGGCCGGACCUUCGACGUUUACACCAAGCUGUGGAAGUUCCAGCAGCAGCACCGGCAGGUUCUGGAUACCAGGUACGGCCUGAAGAGAUGGCAGAUCGGAGAGGUGGCCUCCAAGAUCGGACAGCUCUACUACCACUACUACCUCCGGACCUCAGAGACCAGCUACCUGAACGAAGCCUUCUCCUUCUACUCGGCCAUCCGCCAGCGCUCCUACUACUACCAGGUCAACAAGGAGGACAGGCCUGAACUGGUGGUGAAGAAGCUCCGCUACUACGCUCGCUACAUCGUCGUGUGUUUACUGCUCAACAAGAUGGACCUGGUCAAAGUUCUGGUGAAGGAGUUAUCGGAGGAGAUCGAAGACUACACCCAGCGCUUCAACACGGAGGACCAGCUGGAGUGGAACCUGGUUCUGCAGGAAGUGGCGGCUUUCAUCGAGGCCGACCCGGCCGUGGUUCUGAACGACAACAACUCGGUGUUGGUGACCAGCAACCGGCUGCAGGACGGCAGCGUUCCCCCGCUGGAGCAGGGCAUGGUGGUCGGCCAGCUGGUCCUCGCCGACGCCCUGAUCGUCGGCAACUGCAACAACCAGGUCAAGUUCAGUGAGUUGACCGUCGACAUGUUCCGGAUGCUCCAGGCUCUGGAGAGGGAACCCGUCAACCUGGCAACGCAGACGUCCAAACAGGCAACGCUGGAGCCGAAUGAGAAACCAGCCAAGAGAGAAAACCCCCAUAAAUACCUGCUGUACAAACCGACCUUCAGCCAGCUCUACACAUUCCUGUCGGCUUCCUUCAAGGAACUUCCUGCCAACAGCGUCCUGCUGGUCUAUCUAUCAGCUACUGGAGUUUUCCCAGCGACACAUUUAGACUACGAAGCAGGUCCGUAUGACUUCGGCGGCGUUCUGACCAACACCAACAGGGACGUGGUGAACGGGGAGACGGUCCAGAAGAGGAACCAAGCCCAGAAAGAGAUGCACUGCCUUCAUCCUGGAGAUCUGUUUCCUUUCACCCGGAAGCCGCUCUUCAUCAUCGUGGAUUCCUCAAACAGCACCGCCUAUAAGAACUUCUCCAACCUGUUCGGCCAGCCGCUGGUGUGUCUGCUGUCCCCGACCGUUUACCCAAAGAGCGUCCAGGAUCAGUCUCAGCGCGGCAGCCUCUUCACGCUCUUCCUGUACUCUCCUCUGCUGGGCUUCUCCUCCGUCUGCGGCCUGAGCAGCCUGCGGCGCGGCCUGUGGGAGAACGCGCAGGACUUCCUGAGGAAGGUGUUCCGGGACAUCGGCCAGAUGCUGACCCGAUCCCGGAGCAUCGAUCAGGCCUUCCUGCAGUUCUUCGGUGACGAGUUCCUGCGGCUGCUCCUGAUCCGGUUCGUGUUCUGCUCGGCGACGCUGAGGCUACAUAAGCUGUUCCGGGAAUCCCGGAGCUUCCCGGAGUCGUACCCGGAGCUGCCGAAGCAGGACACGGUAGAGAGCGUUCUGCUGCAGAAGCAGGUUCUGGAGCUGGCCGCCAUGCUGGACGUUCAGAGCUUAUUCUGGGACGAUUCGCUGGAGAGCUACUAGCUCCUCCGCACCGGACUCAACCAGAACCAGAACCAGAACCCGCUCUGUUCUUUCCUUUGUAGUAUGAAGGUAAUCUUUUGUUCGUCCCAUCCGUCAUUUCCUCUGGAAGCAGGAGCGACGCUCCCGUCUGUCACCAGGAAGAGUCGUCUCAAUGUGACCCAAGUCGUCUCCAGACGACCCCGAGUCAUCAUAACGUGACCCCAAGUCGUCAUAACGCGACCCCGAGUCGUUUCCGGACGACCCCGAGUCAUCAUAACGCGACCCGAGUCGUCUUCAGACGACCCCGAGUCGUCAUAACGCAACCCGAGCCGUCUCCAGAUGACCCCGAGUCGUCUCAACUCAACCCCGAGUCGUCUCCGGACGACUCCGAGUCGUCACAACGCGACCCCGAGUCAUCAUAACACGACCCGAGUUGUCUCCGGACGACCCCGAGUCGUCACAACGCGACCCCGAGUCAUCAUAACACGACCCGAGUCGUCUCCAGAUGACCCCGAGUCGUCUCAACUCAACCCCGAGUCGUCUCCGGACGACUCCGAGUCGUCACAACGCGACCCCGAGUCAUCAUAACACGACCCCGAGUCGUCUCCACUGAGCCAGAUCAACACAAACAUUCACAAUGGGUUGUUUUAUAUUUAUUUAUUGUUGCCGUCGGUUUCGCAGUGACACCUGGAGGUUUGUUUAUCAGCUGACGGGCCAAGAUGCAUUCAGGUUCGCUCCGUUUAUUCCAGGUUCUUAACCAGAUCAUCUGGUUCCUCUGUGAGUCUUAGAGUUUCUCUUAUUGCUGUGAGUAAAUCCAUGUCAUUAGUUCUUCUCUGCAGAGAUAAAAGCACAAAACCUUCACAGCGCCCUCUAGUGGGACGCAGCGCUCUGGCUACAGGAGGUGAAACAUUCAGAGUUUUUAUUUAAGGGACCUGAAACUCAGACAGAUUCUUCACACACUGAUGGAUUUCAAGAAUUUAUUUCCCUCCGUGUUACUGGUGCACAUGUUUUCCCUCCACUCAACUUUCCAUUUAUAUGUAAUUAGGGCCUCCUGGUGGAAGGCGUCAGUAACUGCCUGCUGGUCCAAACCAGAACAUUCCAGUAAAAAGCCUUCUGAUUGGCCGGAUUUAAUGAUCGGCUUUCAUUCGGUCGUAAUCAGACGAAAAUGAAAAAGCAAAAGAAAUGCUUGAAAUUAGUCAGAUUGUGUGUAAUGAAUUUAAUAUUUAAUAAUAUAUGGAACUGAAGACGAGCCGUUUUAUAAAGACAAACAUUAUCAGGAAUAAUUUGGGCUGUUUCUAAGUUUUUAAAGUCAGAUUUUCAGCAUGUUGUCACUUCACUGACAAUCUCCCAGUUUCAAACCGUUUAGUUACUUUAAAUCUGUGACUGAAUGACAACAUGGUGAAAACAUGAUUCUGAAAAAUUAAUCCUAUUUUGUCCUUUUCCUACAAACUAAAUAACUCAGAUUAUUCCUGUUGCUUUUUGUUUGUGUCUCUAUAAACGUUACUUUAGUUUUUCCUCGGAGCAUCUUCAGGCUGAAUUAUGGAUCUGUCACCAUGGUGCUGCGGCGCCGCCCUCAGACCCGGAUGUGACGGGUUUUGUGGUCAGACGGGUCAUCUGCUCUGAACCUGGACCAGAACCGGAUCAAAGGUCUGCUCUGGUUCUGGUUCUGGACGAUUCCCAGUAGUUUGUUUUUGGAUCACAGCUGAUGAAAAACCAGAGUUUUAUUUUUCGUCUUUCCAGUAUUUAUUGAUAUCGUCGGGGUGUGUGUGCACGUGUGUGCGGGUGUGUGUGUGUGUGUUCAGUCUAUGAUGUUUAAUAUGAAGUUGGGAAUCAAUCGGAUCAUCUCGGUGACCCAUAAUCAUUUUCCUAAAUCUACAUUCCGACUUUCCCAGCAGAAUCGUCUUAUGAAUUUUUCCCUUCUACGUUCAGAAGUUGUUGGCUUGCACUUUAUGAGUUUUAGUGUUACUGUUAUUUAGUUUGUUGUGUUUUCAAUUUCCAUGUUUCUGUGGACGUUCUGCCGAGCAUGCUGGCUGGUUCUGACCCGACUGUCUGGUGUUCUACAUGAUUCUAGUAGGAGGAGAGAAACGCGGCUUUAAUCUGUAAGAUAGCAAAAAACAAAGAAAAAGAGUUUUGAGCCACAACAUUAUGACCACUGUCGUCUAGAACUGAAACUGGUUGAGUUUGUUUCUAUGGCAACAGUUCACGAACAAGUCAUUUCAGAUCCAAUCAGUUCAGUUUGUUAUUUAAUGGUUAAAAACCCAGCGGAGCGUCGAGCCUCUGAUCUAAAAGUUUAGAUCUGAACCAGGAAUCAUGAGCAGAAUAAUUCAUGUCUUUAAUUCCUGGUCAUAAUGUUUUGACUCGUCUGCUCUUCAUUGCAGCUAUAAAACAAAAUCUUUUCAGCUUCUGUUCAAACUUUUUACUGUUGUGAUGUUUUCUGUGCUUCGGGUUUUAAAAUGUUCUUUACUUUGAGCUUCGAACAAAAGAAAAGUAAAAAGUGUGAGGAUGAAAUCCUGGAGCUCACCCAGCAGCAGAUGAAGCACUGGACUCAUCUUAACUUUUGUAAAUUCAAUGUCAGAGACAUUAAAUAAGGACCACUUUUCUGUUGCUACAUAUCAUUUUUAUAAACAGCAUGACUGUAGAGGUAAAUAAUGUUUCAUGUCAGGAUUUUAAACCAGAUCAUCUUCAUAAACCUCUGAAAAUGAACGAGGAGGAAACGGCGAAGAAACUGUGAAAUGUUUGUUUUUGAAGCAGCUGAUCUGCAGAAACAUGCAGAUUAUAGAAAUAAUAAUGCAGCUGGAGAUGCACCAAUCAGAGAGCAGGAAAUCUGGAUCAUUCAGCCAAUCAGAGAGCAGGAAAUCUGGAUCAUUCAGCCAAUCAGAGAGCAGGAAAUCUGGAUCAUUCAGCCAAUCAGCUGAUGAUUAAAAACUGACUCUGUUUAUGUUCAGGUCAGCGCAGCACGCUGUGAGGAAUAAUGCAUUUAAUUCCUCAGUUUUAUCUUAGAUUCUGUUUUCAGUCUCAAAAUGUAAAUUUAAGUUUGAGCUGAGAGAAAAUCCUGGUUGGUGCGUCUCUCACCUGACGCAGCUCUUCACUUCCACCCUGAACCUCAUGGGAUCAUGUCUAGCUGGUUUCCUUGCAGCUCAGAAUGGUCAUCCUGUCGGUUUUGCUGUAAGUCGUCUGCAGAGCUCCGACCUGCUGACCUGUUGACCUGCUGACCUGCUGACCCGGAGCACACAGAGCCGCCUGGCGCCGCAGGAAGCUGCCACCCAAUCCAAACGCUCGGUUUUACUUUUCUACACUCUGAAGAUCCACAUCAUCCUGACCUGCUUGUUGUUUCCUUUGUGAUUUGAGUCGUUUGGUUUGACAAAAGAACAGAUGAUGAUCUGUCAGCAUGUUUGUUUAGAAUAGGAAGUGCCAAAGACUGCCGUGUCACAUCCUGGCCACCAUGGAGACCUUCAUGUACCGACGGUUCGUUUUCUGUCGCCAGAAAGAAUCAAUAAAGAAAACAAGAUCUGGCUUCA